CGGUUAGCUGGCGCAUCUGCAGCAUCAGAAGCCGCAUACGGGACUCGCCAUGAAUACCACGUUCAUUUCUGCCUGAAUUUGAUUCUCUCCGCUCAAAUCAAACCGCAUCCGUUCACCGUUCACCGGCAGGACUCUGGCAGCAGCGCGCGGAUGAAACGUUUCACGCGCCUGUGCGGUUUUAGCAAGAAUGCUAGUGUUAGCGCCUAGCUGUCUCUGUGUUGAUUAUAAAUAAUAAUUUUUUCACCACAUAAGAGACUAAUUUAUGUGAGUAUGGACGUUUAGCGUAUAAAAACAAUCGUAAGUCUGAUUUAUAUUAGCAUGUCAUCUGUUUUUCUGUGAAAAGUGGGUGAAUUUUCAGAGGUUUAAAUGAACUGCACAGCUGGCUGAUGAUGGAUGCUUUGACUUUCCUCCAUCUCAAGAAUCAUUUCUGUUUACUUCACGUUUGAAGACUAAAUUUACUGCUGGACUUGAAUGUUUACAUUGAUUUGAGCUGGAUUUUCAUGUUAAUAUCGUGAUAAGGACUUGUAUAUAAACACUAGACACCUGAAUAAAUCAUAUCAGGCCAGUUGAGUAAAAUGUAUAUGCUGUUUAUGUAGAUAUAGUCAAAUAGUGAUGCUUUAAUUGAUAUGAAUAUUUAUUGAUAUUGUUUCCUGGAUAUACGGUUCAUAAUAGCGGUCAUAGCACAAUUUUUGGGCUGUCAGUUCAUGUUUGACUGCCACAUCUGAUCAAAACCUCUGGCACCAGAAAAACCCACUCCAGCUUUUCAUUGAUUUGUUUGAUCUGAGAGUCAGAUAAACAGUAAGUGAGAUCUGAGAUACAUCAUGAAGAAGUUCUUUGACUCUCGGAGGGAGCUGGUGGGCUCUGGACCCGGAUCUGGAGGGGGAGCUGGAGGUUCUGGAUCCAGCAGUGGUGCCGGUGGGAAUUUCAUAGGACGUGCGUUUACUGUAGGAAGACACCAGGUCACCGUAGAAGAAACUCUGGCAGAAGGCGGCUUUGCAAUCGUGUUCCUGGUGCGGACUAAUCAAGGGGUGCGCUGCGCCCUUAAGAGGAUGUACGUCAACAACGAACAUGACUUGCAGGUUUGCAAGCGUGAGAUCCAGAUAAUGCGGGAUCUCUGUGGUCAUAAGAACAUUGUUGGUUUCCUGGACUCCAGCAUCACGGCUGUAGGGGGUGGAGACGUAUGGGAGGUGUUUAUUCUCAUGGACUUCUGCAAAGGUGGUCAAGUGGUGAACCUGAUGAAUCAGCGUUUACAGACGGGCUUCAGCGAACAGGAAGUACUUCAGAUCUUCUGUGACACGUGUGAGGCUGUUGCACGUCUGCACCAGUACAAAACUCCCAUAAUCCACCGAGACCUCAAGGUGGAGAACAUCCUCUUACAUGAUCGAGGACACUAUGUUCUGUGUGAUUUUGGCAGCGCAACUAUGAAGUUCCAAAACCCACAGAGUGAAGGAGUCACUGUGGUUGAGGAUGAAAUUAAAAAGUAUACCACCCUGUCCUAUCGUGCUCCAGAAAUGGUAAACCUAUACAAUGGCAAAAUCAUUACCACCAAAGCUGAUGUCUGGGCCAUGGGCUGUCUGCUCUAUAAACUCUGUUUCUUUACAUUGCCCUUCGGUGAGAGUCAGGUGGCCAUCUGUGAUGGCAGCUUCACCAUUCCAGACAAUUCCCGCUACUCCCAGGAUAUGCACCGUCUUAUUCGGUACAUGCUGGAACCGGACCCUGAUAAGAGGCCUGACGUUUAUCAGGUGUCCUACUUUGCUUUCAAACUGGUCCGCAGGGACUGCCCUGUCCGUAAUGUCAAGAAUUCUCCCAUUCCUGCUAAACUUCCUGAGCCAAUUCGAGCAAGCGAAGCAGCCGCAAAGAAGAGCCAAACACAGACCAAGGCGAGACUCACAGACCCCAUUCCUACCACUGAAACUUCCAUCACUCCACGGCAACGGCCCAAAGCAGCACAAUCCCAGCCUCAGGCACUAGGUAGCAUCCUUCCCAUCCAGCCUGCUGCCCUCACCCCACGCAAGAGAGUCAACCUGCCAGCUGGGGUAGCCCAGCCUAUAGCCGUCACUUUGAACUUGGCUCAGCCAGCUGCAACUCUUCAGUCUCAGAAAGCCCAGGUGUCUCCAGCUCCUCAACAGAAAACACCUGUGCAGCCAAUCCCAGUCCCAGAUGCGGCUGCUGGAGGAGGAGCCAUUCCAGCUGCAGCCACUAGCCCCACCCCUCAGAAAGCUGUAGCAACCCCGCCCCCAUCUAGCCCUGCUCCGCCCACCGCACCCGCACGGAGCGCCCGUCGUAAGCAGGCAUCAGUGCCCCAACAGCAACAGGCAGUGUCUGGCCAGCCGGCUGUUGCCCUGCCUCCAGCACAGGUGGAGCCUGCAGCGGUACCCCCCACUGUCCAGCAGCCCGCCCUUCAGUCUCAGCUCUGCCAAGAGAAGGCGGAGGAGAGGUCUGCAGCCCCUGGCCUGUCCCAGACUCCUCCCUCUUCCCCAAAGAUGUCCCAGAAGACGGGGCAUAGACGUAUCCAGAGUGAUGUCACUCAAAGUGCUAUGUUUGGAAUGCCGGUCAGUCAGUCCACUCAGCAGCUGCUGGCGGCCACAGCAGAGGCCAGCCUUAACAAGUCCAAGUCCGCUAGCACGACCCCAUCGAACUCCCCACAGUCCUCUCAACAGAGUGUGUACCAGCCUGCCCAUCAGGGAGGCUCUGCCCCCCAGGCACCUGCUUUAGCUGCUGGCCUUUCCAGCCCACCAGACCAACCCCCCUGGAAUCCCUUUGGCGAUGAUAAUUUCUCUAAACUUACGGCUGAGGACCUACUCAACAAAGACUUCACCAAGCUAUCUGAUGAGCUUGUAGAACCUCUUAUUGCCACCACUGAGAGUCUUAUUCCUGGGCUGGAGGCUGCAGAACCUGCUCCUCAGUCUGUUGCUGAAAGACCUUCUGACAUUCUGGGCUUGGAAUCGGCCGCUGGUUUUCUAGCUGUGCCAGAAAAGCUGAUAGAGGGCCUGAAGUCUCCAGACACCACUCUCUUGCUGCCUGAUCUGCUGUCCAUGUCCGACCCCUUUGGUAGCUCCAUGGACGACAACAAUGAUGCUAAAGCUGAAGUGUGUUUGGACUCUCUGAUACCUGGCUUGGAGCCCCCGCAGUCUCAGUUGUACCCUGUGGAGAUGGAGCAGACGUCUAAAACGCUGGGAGGCCCUUUGAUUGGAGAGGAGUCUCUGCUGGGCGGUUCUCUCCCCUCUGGCUGUGCCAUCUGCCUGGAUGACUUUGUGCCUGUUUCGGGGGGCACCUCCCAUAGCAUACCAGCUGCAGACUCCUGUUUGAUCUCAGGCUUUGAGGCUCCAAGCUCUGAUGGAGCCAAUGAAGAUGAAUUUGACCCCAUUCCAGUACUGGUCUCCAAAAACUCCCAAGGAGGUCACUCUCGCAGUAACAGUGGCAGCUCUGAGUCCAGCCUGCCCAACCUGGCCUGUUCCCUGCUGCUGGUGGACCAGCUCAUCGAUCUGUAGACCUUACCUAUAUUUCUGCUCUGCUGAAGAUGACACCAACCGCUGUAUUCUUCUGCCUUUAACCACAAAUCCCUCCUUAUCCAUUGUCCUAUCCUGCCAUGGUCCAAUUCUUUCUUUAAUCACUUAUGAAGUCCUCCCUCCACUUUGAUUUCAUCAUUCUUCUUCAUCCCAUCACUUGAGUUUCCUCUAUUACAUCAUAGGUUUUAUGUUCUUUUCUUGCCACUAAUGUACAUCGGUUCUUUCCAUCAUCAUCGCUCAUUUGAUUUGAUGUAUUCAGCAUUUCUCCCCAUGCCAUUUGCUUUCCUGAUACAUUUUCAUUUCACUUUUUGCUUCAAAUCUGUUGUGUUGAUUCGACAGGCUCAAAUCCAGUUUUCUGGCAUUCGUGCAUUUCAUAUCUGUACUUCUUGUGGACACACAGACAUGAGUGUCACACAUUUCCCUGCCAAGUCAAGAGUGCAACCCUUCAAAAGCAGAUGUUUGUCAGAUCUUCUUUGUUCUCUUUAGUCCAGAUUGGCUUUGCAUACAAUCUUAGCUGUCUCUUCUGUAGCACUAAGGAAACUCUUCUCCAGAUUAAACUAUAUGGAUUUUGUAAGACUCAUGCAGUUGGUUCCUUGCAAACAGAUAUUAAAGUACAAAGUGUUCAGGGUAAGAACAGAUAUGUGGGUGAAUCUCACUAAAUCUGUCAAGAACAUGUCUGGAAACAUAUUUCACCCCAAAAUCAAAAGAACAAAUAAGAUAUUAUACAUUGCCUACAUAAAAAAGCCUAGUUUUUAGACCAUUAUGAUGAUACAAGGCAAAAAAUUUAAUUGAUAAAAAAAAAAAAUCCAAAAUAAAUGUAUUUUGUAUUUAUUUUCUAUUGAUUUUUGGAUAAAAUGUGACCUGGACAUGUUUAUCUAAGAUUUACUCCUAAAGGGAUGUAGAGUAAAAAAAAAGUGCUAUGAAAUCUUUUCAAAGACAGAGAAGAACAACUAGAAUUUCCUCAUUACCAUCAUCAACACUUGUUCAAUCAUACCACGACUUAUAAUCAUAUUCAGUUAUUUCUUUGUAAAUAGCACUAUUGAUGUUGUACGUUGGCUCUAAACAAUGUAAAUUGUUGUAUAUCUGCAGCAUCAGACUCUCCAGCCCUUAAGAGUGAUUUGUUCCUCCUGUGUACAAAGCAUUUGUUCAAAAUGUCCAACACUUCCCUCUUAAAUCCCUGUUCCUACCCCUUAGUAUCCAUUAUGAGAAAAGUUUAAAAGAAAUAUUUCAUAUACAGUUAAGAUUCUAUAUGAAAAUGAAGUGUUAGAGAAUGAAUGUUUGAAAUGAGUAUCCAUAUAAAAAUGCAGAUAUGUGUAUAUGAGUCAUAUGAAACCUAUUUAAGAGGAAACUUUAUCUCUUUGUUCUGUGUGUUGAGCUGUGUUUGCGAAUGUAAAUUGUCGGUUUCAUCUUCUAAUGGCCAGAUAUUUAUCGACGAACAGACUCAAAUGAGAAAAGAGGACAAUCUAUAAACCACCCUGUGGAGUGCAUUUGCACAGCCCAGUUUGAUGUAAUUUGUGCUGAUUGCAAACAAAUUGGCUGGAUUUUUUUUGUUGUUGCCUUUUUCCGCAGACAUUUAUUGUCAGCUGGUUUUAGUCUAGAGGUGAAAAUGCUCUACAAUCUUGAAUCCUUAACGCUGUAUGUAUCCAUUCAUACUCCUGACUACGCCCAUGCUUUUCAAGGGAUCAACCAAGCUAUGUUUUUCGCACAGUUCUCGUGUAUCAGAUGCAUAUCUAAGCAUGGCAGUGUUUAUGAAUAUGAAGACAUGUCUGUGGCCAAUCUUCAUAUCAGUACUGUACGUACGCGUGCGUGUGUGUGUGUGUAUGUAUGUAUGUGUGGACAUAAGGUAAAUAAAUAGCUAGUCUUAGUUGUCGAAAGUGGUGAGGUCAUUGUGUCUUUAACAUGGUUUAUCAGUCUGGGUCAGACAGCAGGACUCGCAGCAGGCACCUCUGUUUUAAGCACUGGUCCUCUUUCAUUCACAGAGUUAUUAGGCAUUUAAUUACCUUAAUGAGAGCAUGGAAAAAGCUUUCGGUUAACACUGUACGGUAUUAGCAUAAUCCCAACUGUGAGCCAAUAUUAAAUUGAAAGUUCUGUUAUCAGAUACAAAAAGCAGCUCUUAUGCUUAAUGGAAGAACAUAUUUUUUGGCUAAAUCUAUAAAAAGCACUGAAAUUGGUUUGAGACUUGAAGAUGCAUAAGAGCAACUGCAGUAGGGCUGGGCGGUGUCACAAUAGAAAUGUGUAAACUGGUAGAGAUUUUGCCAUACCUUUGUCAUAGAUCUGUAUUCCUGUAUACAUGCGGCUCGGUCAGUAAGCAGCUUUCUCCACAGCAACGUAUUUUCCCCACUAUGCUGGUUUAAAUUACAAACAUGGCUUCUGAGAAUGACAGCACUUUGUUUUCUGUUGCUUUGAUUUAUUUCCAGAUGUCCCACAGUUGCUGCUGUGUUUGUUUGUUUCCUUGAAUUUACAUUGCGACCUGCAGCACCACUGUGCUGCAAUAGUGGGAUUUUCCUUUCUCUUCAUACCAUGGGGUUCCCCCGGUGCAUUUGCGUGCAUAUGCAUAUGUGCUCUCUUCAAAAAGCUAUAAGAAUGCUUAUGUGUUCACACGGCAAUAUUAGCUGCAUUUUCCGACCGAAACCUAGGCGUGUUAAACUGCUUUCUCCUAAUCCAUUAAAAAGUGUAAGGAAAACAGCAGUUGCAUACACGACGUUUCAGGAGGUUGCUUUCUGCAAAACCCUGAAAAGCCAUUUUUUUAAGUGCAUGUAAGUGGGGUCAGUGCUGUGUUUGGCACAACACAAAGUGGUGUUUAUUUAUUUAGGCUGCUGCUUAACCUUGUAACUUGAUGCUUUAAUAGAGAAUUUAAUUGAUGGGCCAUCACAGAUGUAAGCUAUUUUACUGCUUUGAAUUGAAUGACUUGUAAUUGAACCACUUCAAAUUUGGCCAGUUUUGCAAAAUCAUUUAUUUGUCAUAAGUGCUCUUUUAUUUGCGUCCAAGUUCCAGAAAAUAUUUAGAUGAACUUCCUUUCAUUUGUAUAGUAUUUAAUUAACUGGAAUAUUGAUACAAUAUAUUGUAUGCUGUUACUGUGAUAUACAAUUUUUAAUAGUGUGACAUAAGAUUUUGGUCAUACUGCCCACCCCUACAUUGUGGUAAUAAUAAUAAAAAUAAAAAAAAUGUACAAAAUAAAAAAUAGGAACUUCAAGCUGAUGUUGCAGUGAAAAGUUGGGAUGUUUUUACUGGGCGCAUUUAAGUUGGCAUCAACUUUAGAAUUACACUGCAUGACAGCGAUCCUCUAACGGAUGAAAAGAGAUGCUGCUUGGGUUCCAUUACUGAUGUUUGUUGUCAGCAGUGAUGAAUAUGAGAUCAUUCUUUAUCCUUGUCUCUCUGCAGACUCUCAUGUUAACCUAUGCAAUACUAAUGCUUCAUCUUGUAGAUUUCAGUAGAGGUCUUUGCCCUGUGGGUAUCGUUUGACUUGUGUUGUUGUGCAAAAUCAAAGAUUCCUUUUAUGUGCUUUUUGUUCAGAGAAGAAUAUUUAUGACCAUGUUUAUCCCCAGAGUUGGAACCUCAUUGGUCUCUGUAGCAAACUCCCCUCAGCCCAGUGUUUACAACAGUGAUGGGUUCAUGUGCACCUUCUAUUUUUGUGAAAAUACAAAACCAAUUAACAAAGAAAGGUGUGUUAAAUAAACACGUAAAU